AUGGAGAGGUUGUACCUAUCUGACGGCGAAUCUUACGAAGGAGUCGAAGACGAUGAAGAUGGCAUGGAGUCUGACACUGAAUCUUUCGACGAAGUCGAAGACAGUCAUGGAGGCGCGCGUGCACGCAGUAGUAUGGAGGCUACCAUUCAGAAAAUUAAAAACGACAAAGAACAAGCCUAUGCUCUUAAGGAGAGUCUUGAUUCUGAUGAGGCCAUUAUUGGAAGGCUCAACAAAGAGGCUCGGUUUGCAGAGCGCUUUCCAUGCAUCAUUGUGUUUAUCAAUCAAGUACAUGGACAGCCUGCUAACACUACGGGGCUUUUCUUGAUGGAGAUGAAGAUGAAGUUUCCGAACAUGCCGAUGCUGGCUCUUGUUAAUUCUAGUCCAGAAGGAGUGAAGAUGUUACCUUCACUCGAGGGACAUGUCAAGUGGUUAGGAAUCAGAAGGGACGAUUUUGCCAAAUAUAAAAUACCUACCAAUGUCGACACGCCACUGACUGAAGUUGACAUCAAGUUGGCGAGACAUCUCUUGCAGGAAGAACGUGUCCAAAAGAAUCCGGUAUUGCGUGAUGAGCUGAAUCACAUGGUAGCCACGGAGAGUAUGGUAGAAUCUGAUGCUGUGCUAGCUUUGGGGGCACCCUUCUUGUAUCAGGUUUAUUUACCACUCAAACUUCAGUAUAUGGAUUGGCAAUGA